AUGAGCGACGAAGCCACCGAAGAAAUGAAAAUCGACCCCACCAGAGCUCAAGCUCUCAUCUCCCAACUCAGUGCCGUCAAAGAACGAGUCGCAGCAGCCGCCAACGGCCGAAAUGUCCGCCUCGUCGCCGUCUCAAAGCUGAAGCCGGCCGUCGACGUCCUCGCCCUCCACCAAGCUCCCGCCUCCCACACUCACUUUGGCGAAAACUACGCCCAGGAACUCGUCCAAAAGGCCGAGCUUCUUCCCCGGUCCAUCCACUGGCACUUCAUCGGCGGCCUGCAGUCCGGCCACUGCAAGAACCUGGCCAAGAUCCCCAACCUCUUCUGCGUCUCCAGCGUCGACUCCCUCAAAAAAGCCCAGCUGCUCAGCAACGCCCGCGCCGCCAACCCGGCCCUCGACAAGCUCAACGUCCACGUCCAGGUCAACACCUCGGGCGAGGAGGAAAAGUCUGGCUGCGCUCCGGGCGAGGAAACCGUGGCUCUGUGUCGUGAAAUCGUCCAGAACUUGCCCGGGCUCAACUUGCUCGGCCUCAUGACCAUUGGCGCCAUCGCUCGUAGUCGUGCCACCACUGCGGAGGAUGAAAACGAGGACUUUGAGGCUCUGAGGGCGCAGAGAGAUCUGGUGGCUGGCGAACUCGGCCUGAGUCCCGAUAGCCUGGAGCUGAGCAUGGGCAUGAGCGAGGAUUUCGAGGGAGCCAUUGCUCAGGGGAGCAGUGAAGUGAGAGUGGGCACCACCAUCUUUGGACAGAGGCCUCCCAGGACAAAAGCGUAA